CGCGGGGUACGUGCCGAACCAAGGCGAGCGAAAGGCUUUAAAAAUCGCUCUCAAAGCGGCUGUUCCUGCAGCUGGAGGGAGCUAGACCUGGACCUGGAGCUUAUUGGUGUGCGGGGGUGGAGCCGGGCACGGGAGCCGGAGCUGGAGCAGGAGCGGGAGAGACUAGAGACCUGAGACCAGGAGCGCAGAGAGCUCAGAGUCAUCACGUGACAUAAUGGGAGUGGUGGUGGCUGACGACGGUCCAGGGGGUGUCAAGGCCCCAGACGGUGGAUGGGGCUGGGCCAUCCUCUUUGGCUGUUUCAUCAUCACAGGCUUCUCUUAUGCCUUCCCCAAAGCAGUCAGCGUCUUCUUUAAGGAACUCAUCCGGGAGUUUGACAUUGGCUACAGUGACACAGCUUGGAUCUCCUCUAUCCUGCUGGCCAUGCUUUAUGGGACAGGUCCAUUGUGCAGUGUGUGUGUGAACCGGUUUGGCUGCCGGCCGGUCAUGCUGGUGGGCGGCCUCUUUGCCUCGAUGGGGAUGGUGGCUGCCUCCUUCUGCACCAGUAUUAUUCAGCUCUACCUCACGGCUGGAGUCAUCACUGGUCUGGGCUUGGCACUCAAUUUCCAGCCCUCUCUCAUCAUGCUCAACCGCUACUUUGAUAAGAGGCGCCCCAUAGCCAAUGGUCUCUCAGCUGCAGGUAGCCCUGUGUUCCUCUGUGCACUCUCUCCACUGGGACAGAUCUUACAGGACGUUUAUGGAUGGAGAGGGGGCUUCCUCAUUCUGGGGGCCAUGUUGCUGAACUGUUGUGUAUGUGGGGCUCUGAUGAGGCCUCUGGAAGGUCCUAAAAAGCUUGAAGGAGUUAAGGAAGCAUCAAAGAAGAAGGCAAAGAAGCUUCUGGACUUCAGUGUUUUCAAGGACCGUGGUUUUCUGGUCUACACUGUUGCAGCUUCUAUUCUGGUACUGGGGCUCUUUGUACCGCCUGUUUUUGUGGUAAGCUACGCCAAGGAUAUGGGAGUGUAUGACACCAAGGCUGCCUUCCUGCUGACCAUUCUUGGCUUCAUUGACAUUUUUGCCCGGCCCCUCUGUGGAUUUGUAGCUGGAACCAAGUGGGUCAGGCCCCGCUCUGUCUACCUCUUUAGUUUUGCCAUGUUCUUCAAUGGCUUCACUGAUCUCAUAGGCUCCAUGUCAGACUCCUACAGUGGUCUGGUGGUCUUCUGUAUCUUUUUCGGCAUAUCCUACGGCAUGGUAGGAGCCUUGCAGUUUGAAGUGCUCAUGGCCAUAGUGGGCACCCAAAAGUUCUCCAGCGCCAUUGGUCUUGUACUACUAAUGGAGGCUAUUGCUGUGUUAAUCGGACCCCCUUCUGGAGGCAAACUCCUGGAUGCGACUCACGUCUACAAGUAUGUGUUUAUCCUGGCGGGAGCUGAGGUGGUCACCGCUGCCCUGGUGCUGGCUCUGGGCAACAUCUUCUGUAUUAAGAAAAAAUCAGAAGAACCUCAGACCAAAAAGGAGGCUGUGGAGAGGGAGGAGCUUGAUAGACUGGAAGACAAGUCUUCUGAGGAGGCUAGAAUGGACUCUGUUGAAGUAGAAUACUUCUUGAAAGCAGAACCUGAGAAAAAUGGGGAGAUUGUGACCAGCCCAGAGACCUCUGUCUGAAUGGCAGCUCAGGGAGGGAGAGGGUUGAGGGAAAAGGUACAAAGAAUUUCAACACUCUUAUUUAUUUUAGAAAUAGGACUAGCUUAGGGCGGGGCCAUCGGUUUGACUCUGGUUGCCUUGUUGGCAGAUCAUCACAUGAUAAUUUUUCG